GUGUUCACAUGAGUGUUUCACGCGCUCCACCGUGGUGUGACGUCUCGCGGUAUAUAAGCCCGCGCACCCCUGGGGGAGCGUACUCCGCCCCCACCACCCGAACCACGUACAGUACAGGAGAAGCACACCUCCGAUGUUUGGAAGGAUUUCACUGUUUUUGUUGAUUCAGCUGGCCAAACAAGGGCUAAUACAUGCGCGACCUUCCCACGACCCAGGGCAAACUGCUGGACAGUGUCCCUCCGCCGGACCUCCCUCAGGUGGUUUAAGGGAGUUGAACGUGAUAUAUGACGGAAAGCCCAGAUAUCGUCUUGACUUCCACCAGAGUCGGAGCGGUUAUGUUCCAGGUCGUACAUACAUAAUUUACGUACGCGCCCAGGAUCCUAGUCAAACAUUUGGCGAUAUUCUUCUCUCGGUAACCUCGGAAAGUAGAACUUGUCACCAUGGCAACUUCAGCAUCCAAUCCCAGCGCUACUAUCAGCCCAAAGGAUGUGACCACAUGGUGCUCAAGAACACACGAGAGUUUGAGCACAGCUUUGCAUUCCAAUGGACUGCUCCCACCUGUGGCUGUGUCAUUCUCAGGGCUCGGGUAAGGUCAGUCAACAACAUCUAUUACCUGGAUAACGAGAAUGUCAUUGAUGGGUACCUGACCAAGCGUGUAUGUCGACGCCACAUGUCUACAAUACUCUCCAAGAUAAGUCACAACGAGCUCGAGGACUUACUUUGCCAGGUGGUCAGCAAGUCUGAUGAACAAAUGAUAAACGAAGACCACUUCUUAAGGAGAAGGAAGAUGAACCCCUCCCAGAUGACUGAUUUAGAGAAGGAUGCUCUCCAGAUCUCGCUCCGUCAGCGGGUAUAUGAAGUAAAACAGUGCUGUGCCCAGACUGGUGCUGCUAAGACCGAUUGUCUGGGAGAUAUUCGUCGCCAUCGUAUUGAUCAGCUUUGUGCCAAUACCCAACAUCUGCCCUUCACUGUCCGCAGUGAUGCCUAUAUGACCGAGCGUCGUGACAACUGUUGCUGGCGACUAGGUGAACGACGCUACGAUUGUUUCAUGAUGGGGCACCAGGGUGGCAGUGUUCCUUCAUCCCAGAGUGAUGUAGACACAGAUGUUGCCAUGGUGACAGGUGUAAAUGUCCUUGACGAGUCUGACCCUGUAAAUGACUUAGAGGAUUACCCCAACAGGUUGAGUGAAGAGCUUGUUCAGUUAAACAUGAGCCAUGAAGAGUUAGAAGGUGAGGACAAUGCUGCAGCUGUUCCCAACAAAGGUCUUGUCUCUACUUUGCCGCCACAUUUUCACAAGAAGACAGAAAAGUCACUAGUUCUGCAGAGAAGCAAAACUGAUCUACAUCAGAAUUACCAACCAGUCGCCACUGGGGAGACAUCCCAACUACAGCAACCUCCAGUGGAGGACUCGACGAAAAUGGGGCCAACACCACAGACUCGGUCACUUACACAGACCACCCAAGGGCUGGAGAAGAAGUUGCUGCGUGCCCAGGUUGAACUGGAGUGUUGUCAGCAGGGUAAACAGUAUGGUGCAGUGCUGGUUACUAGGGACACCUGGGACAGAUGUGAACAGAGGACACGCAAGGUCACCAAGGCCAUGAAGGGAAAGAAGAAGCGGUGGUGUCGCAGGUACCACUUCAGGUGCUGUGUGGAGAGUGGCCAAAGGUCUCCUCAGGAAUCCAACAAAGAUGAUGGAGGAGCACGGGACCAAGUUAAUGAAGACACGAGGGAUCCUGGACGACAAAAAAACAAUGGAGACAAUGAAAACUUCAUUGAUUCUGAUAAUGAGGAUGAUGAUGAUAUAGAUGAUAUAGACACCAGUAGAAACAAUGAUGAUGACGACGACAAUCAUGAUGAUGACACAUCAGCAAGCCAGGGGUCUAACUUUAAAAAAAGCAAGUUGAUCAGAGAUAGGCAGACAUCUCUGUCCGAAGACCAAUUUCAGGGAUCAAAACACCAACAGGGAUCCACAAGCAAUGAUCAACGACUUGUGGAGGCAGUGGAAUCUUCCAUUAAUCCACAACAACCCCAGACUGUGGAAUCUUCCGGUGUUGAACAGUCCAAGACUGUGGAAUCUUCUGGUGUUGAACAGCCCGAAACUGUGGAAUCUUCCGAUAUUGAACAGACCCAGAAUGUAGAAUCUUCUGGUGUUGAACAGCCUGAGACUGUGGAAUCUUCUGGUGUUGAACAGUCCGAGACUGUGGAAUCUUCAGGUGUUGAACAGUCCGAGACUGUGGAAUCUUCAGGUGUUGAACAGUCCGAGACUGUGGAAUCUUCUGGUGUUGAACAGCCCGAGACUGUGGAAUCUUCCAGUGUUGAAGAGCCUGCGACUGUGGAAUCUUCUGGUGUUGAACAGCCCGAGACUGUGGAAUCUUCCAGUGUUGAACAGUCAGAGACUGUGGAAUCUUCUGGUGUUGAACAGCCAGAGACUGUGGAAUCUUCCAGUGUUGAACAGCCUGCGACUGUGGAAUCUUCUGGUGUUGAACAGCCCGAGACUGUGGAAUCUUCCAGUGUUGAACAGUCAGAGACUGUGGAAUCUUCUGGUGUUGAACAGCCCGAAACUGUGGAAUCUUCCAGUGUUGAACAGCCUGCGACUGUGGAAUCUUCUGGUGUUGAACAGCCCGAGACUGUGGAAUCUUCCAGUGUUGAACAGUCAGAGACUGUGGAAUCUUCUGGUGUUGAACAGCCCGAGACUGUGGAAUCUUCCAGUGUUGAACAGUCCGAGACUGUGGAAUCUUCUGGUGUUGAACAGCCCGAGACUGUGGAAUCUUCUGAUGUUGAACAGCCCGAGACUGUGGAAUCUUCUGGUGUUGAACAGCCAGAGAAUGUGGAUUCUUCCAGUGUUGAACAGUCCGAGACUGUUGAAUCAUCCCGUGUUGAACAGCUUUCCACAAGAAGGGCGAAGUUGAGAAGGAAAAAACAAAGAAGGUCAAGGAGGAAAGGACGUAAAAACAGAAGGAGAAAAGGAAGAAAACAUGUUUCCACGUAAAGUUGUGAAUAAUUUCACAUCUCAAGAUUCUGUUCAAAUGUUCAAUGAUUAUGUUUAAAAUAAGAUUUUUUCACUACUAAUUAUUUAAAACAUCCAUUUUUAAUAGCAUCAAAUGCCCACAGAUUAUGUUUAUAUGAGAGUUGAGUAUGCCAGUUUUAUAACUAACAAUUUUAAAUAUUCAUGAAUAUUGUUUUAAAAGUUUUUGAGUAUAAUUGUAUGAACUUUACAGUUGAUAAAUGCUCAGAAAUACUCAUGUAUAAAUGUGUGUAUGUAUUUACGGUGAUAAUUUUGCAGUAUAAACUUGUGUAUAUACACUGUAAAAAAAACCAAGCAUAUCAGAGAGUGUGGACCCUACGAAUCUUUUGUGCUGCAUGGGUAUCACAUUACCUUGGAAAGGUGCUAGAGAUUAUUUUUCUUAUUUAUUUUAAAAGUACAACUUUUUUUGUAUGUUUACAACCACCAGUUAAAUCAAUAAAUAUUUUUCUUUACACAAA